AUGUUCAAGAUGAUCUCGAUUGCCGCCCUUGAGCGGGCCGCCUCACUGUUUCCUACUCUUACCCAAACCCAAACCGAUCCCAUCACGACUCAACUCACUCAACCCACUGUCAACACCAAUGCUAUCGAAUUGUCCAACCAAACUGAUCGCUCUCUAAUGAAUGACUUCAUGAGUAACAACCUAGCAUCCUCGAGAACUGCAAACAUGACUUCACAAGUCACAUCCGAUCCACCCAUAUCUAAAGAUCACAUGUUGACUAUGUCCUCGAACAAACUUCGAUCGACGUGGGGCAGACGUAUAGCAGUUCGAAUGGCAACGGCAUGGAACCGAUAUUUACAGACACCAAACGCCAAGGCGUUGUUUAAAAUACAUGGAGGUCUUUCCAACGGUAUCACCAUGGGCGAGCUUUCCGUUUUGUGGAAAAGUAUGUCACCCCAGGAGAGGGCUGCGUUCAAAGCCCCGAUACCCGAUGUCGAGCUCGACUUUGGUGAGAAGAUUAUCAGCAACAAGCGAGCUCAACAAAUCGUACAACCCCGCACCAUCGUCAAGAGCAAUCCCACCUCCUUACAGAAAGCGGAAAAACAGGUUCAAUCGUUCAUGACUGACAUCCUCGCUCAGGCCACCCCCAUUGCCGCGUCGUGCAACUGCGAGUUUGUCUUCUUCGCCGUCUCGAAUCAUUUGGCUACGCACAGCUUUCAGCAUCGGGUUGUUACACCUGGUGCUCAUCGUGGUGUUGAACUCAUAACUGAAACGGCUGGCCUUGACGAAUUUGCUGCUCAAAUUCAAGGAUAUGUCACUGGCAAUACCACUGAGGCAAUCGAAGCAAAGAGACAAUGUGGUAACAACUCUAAAGCUGUUAGGAAACAGGUGGCUGCCGGCCUCGGACGCCUCGUGUUCGAACACACAAACACAGCAUUGAGUAAGUGGCCGUGGAAAAACACCGAUGCCGUCCUUGCCACAUUUGGUCUCCGUCUUACUUUAAGAUCAGACAGCAAGCUCGAUAUUAACUGUCUCAAGAGACCAUGUGCUGAACUCAGUGGACCGGACAGCUGUUUGAUUGACUACGAACUUGACCACGGUGGCAUUACCUUGCUUCCUAUUUCCAGUUCCCAAGAAGUGACUGUUGAAAGUCAAAUAUGA